AUGCGCGCCGUCCUUCAGCUGGUCGUCUCGCACGCCUGGCCUAUGCAUCAGUUGGGCGUUUCCAACGCCUUCUUGCACGGUCAUCUUGCCGAGCAGGUGUUCUGUGAGCAGCCUACUGGUUUCGUCGACGCCGAGCACCCCGACUUCAUGUGCUUGCUUCCCGCUCUCUUUACGGGUUUAAGCAGGCGCCUCGGGCUUGGUACCAGCGGAGCUGACACUGCAUAUCUGCUGCUCUACGUCGACGACAUCAUCCUCACGGCAUCCGCCCCCGAUCUCCUUCAGCGGCUGACUGCUCGUCUUCGUGAUGAGUUCGCCCUCAAGGACAUGGGGGCCCUGCACUACUUUCUCGGCAUCGAGGUGAUCCGCCGGGCUGACGGUUUCUUUCUGCAUCAGCAGAAGUACGCCCACGAGCUCCUUGAGCGUGCCGGUAUGCUUAAUUGCAAGCCGGCACCCACCCCUGUCGACACGAAGGCGAAGGUCUCUGCCUUGGAGGGGUCUCUCGCGUCCGAUGGAGCGUUUUAUCGCUCUAUCGUUGGUGCUUUACAGUACUUGACGCUGAGUCGCCCCGACCUGCAGUACGCCCCGCGUGACUCUCACUGGACUCUGGUGAAGCGUAUUCUCCGUUACAUACGCGGCACCAUGUCCUUGGGACUCACCCUGACGGCCUCCGCCUCCACCGACCUCGUGGCCUACUCGGAUGCUGACUGGACUGGCUGCCCCGACACGCGACGCUCUACGUCAGGCUACUGCGUCUACCUUGGGCCCUCGUUGAUCUCUUGGUCAUCGAAGCAUCAGCCCACGGUCUCCCGCUCCAGCGCUGAGGCAGAGUAUCGCGCCGUGGCUAAUGCCGUGGCCGAGUGCUCUUGGAUACGUCAGCUGCUCCAGGAGUUGCUUUGUGAUGUUCACAAGGCCACUCUUGUCUACUGCGAUAACGUCAGCGCGGUAUACCUCUCCGCCAACCCGGUGCACCAGCGACGAACGAAGCAUAUUGAGCUCGAUAUUCACUUCGUGCGCGAGCAGGUUGCCCUUGGCCGUGUUCGGGUUCUCCAUGUGCCGACGACGCAACAGUUUGCUGAUGUGAUGACUAAGGGAUUGCCUACUCCCGUCUUCGAGGAGUUUCGGGGCUUUGGUGCGCGGCAAGACCUCGGCAUGGUUGAUUGCCUCCUCGUCGGCGUCAACCGAGUGUCUAGCUUAUUUUUACCACAGUACAGACGCAAGCGCUUCGACGGGAACGACUUCUCGCACUGA